AGUUGCUUCUCGCGAGAGACAGCGCGAUGUGUGUGUGAGGAGCUUUCGUGUGCAGUCAGUCAGUUUAAAGUAAGAGGACGAAUGGCUAAAGUGGAGCUGACACCGCUCAGAACCUGGGACGACUUCUUCCCUGGUUCGGAGAGAUUCUCCAAACCGGAUGUCAAAGAUCUGGCAAAAUGGAACAACAGAGUCGUCAGCAACCUGCUUUAUUAUCAGACAAACUACUUAGCUCUGGCUGUGGUUGUUUUCCUGGUUGUUGGGUGAGUUGCUGUUUAUUUCUGAUGAUGAUCAAUGUAAUGAAUUAACUGUGAACUCUUGUCUAAAUCUGGUCGACAAAUCGUAUUCGCAGUCGUAUUUUACGUCCUAUUUAUGUGACAUUUUCCACUGUGUGCGCUAGUCAGCUCACACUGAGAUGUAGCCUACUUUGAAGGAUUUACAUGAGGCUACAGGAAGGAUGUGGAGUCCUGUUUUUGUGUUUGUAACCAGGGUUUGAAAACUCAGCAGUGACAGGAAAUUACUCUACAGGCUAAAAUACACCCAUCUUCAGUUAAAGCUCUUUCUCCCUAUCCCUAGAACACUUUUACUAAAAUUAGUAACACCAUCACUAUCACCGGGUGAUUUUUUAACCUGAAAUAAUAUACCGAAGAAAAAGUACUUGUCAUCAAAAUAUAUCAAAAUAGAACAAUAUAUGACAAAUCAAAGUAGUUUUCUUCCAUUUUCAACUGUACAAUGUCCGAAGGGAGAGAAACCAUAGACUGUAUAUACAGUCUAUGAGAGAAACAAAUUGCCACGAGGAGACCAUAUAAAAAUGCAACAAAAUAACUUAAAUGAGGUAUUCAUGAACAAAAUAUUCCUACAAAAAAAAUAAAAAUGAAAAAAAUAAAUAGAUGAAAAUAAAUUCAAAAAUAUAAACUGUAAACUUAGUUUCUUUUGCACCCAUUCCUGGGGCAUGUGAGUCUUCCCUGGUGAAGACUCAGGGUCCUUGGCACAAUAACAGCUGCAGGAGAGAGAACCAAAAUAUGGCAUAUUUUGAGUGAGUAAAAAUGACCAGCUGACUAAGAUAUUUCUUAUCACCACAUGAAUUCCCCUGAAAAUCACUACUUAAUGAUAGUUUUUCAUAAACACCGCGCUAAAUAAAGAUAGCAUGCAAAUUCUACGGACCAUUCUUACUAACCUUAUUCCCUACAUGCAGCUAUCCCUACUUUACCCUCUUUCACUAUUGCCAGGUGAAAAUCACCCAAACGUGUAUCUGUAGGAAAAAGCGACUUUUGGAUCAGGGAAACAAAUAUGCCUUCAAAGAUGUCAAAGGCAAUGCUGAAACUACCCAGGGACCUAUGAUACUCAGACAAAUGCAACAGAAUGAAAAUGACGUAAACAUGUUUGGUCGGGUGAAAAUCACCCAGCGAUAGUGUUCUAGGGUUAAAACAAUGAUGAGUACAUCAGUCAUCUUAUCGUGUUAUCUGAAACUGCACACAAUGCAUGACCUAUCAUCAAUAGUCCAGUCUCUGACCUGUCAGUCCUGGAUCUGCUCUGCUGCAGACUGCCUGAGUUGUGUUAAAUGAAGACACCAUACAAGGUCAGAUUAUUGAACAAGAGGUUUUAUCUCUCACAGGGCAAACUCUUGGCUUUGGUUGGCACAGACUCUUCUAAAUCCCAGUUUACUAAAAAUAGCAGUGCCCUGUCAUGGUCCGCCCAUUGAGCUGUAUGAUGACAUAUUUUUUGCCAUAGACAUGAGGGCCUCCCAAGCUGUGAGUCUUGUGAGCUGUCAUGCUUCAGAUAGUAAACCGCAGCUUGUACAGCUUCUUCUUUUACAAUGCAAAUUUUAUCUUGAUUUUUCACAGGGGAGUCUUCCUCCAGUGAUGGUUUCAGUGGUUUUACAGUGGAGACGAAUGUGCCUCUGCUGUGAGAACAUAUUUCUUUGUUCAAACAAAAGAUUAGACUAAACAAUCAGUGAGGACUGGAGAUACAGCCUCCACAAAAGGCUUGUAGCCUUAACAUAUUAAAAAAAAAAGAAAGUUGUUUGCACAUGGAUUGAACACAAUGUCCUCUAUGUGGGGCAGCUCACUUUUUUGUUUGUUUGCAAAAACUGCUCAGGUAUCAGUAUAGUUACUCCUGUUCACAUGCUGAGCCUCUGCUAACCCUUGUUUAGGAUCAAGUUGUCCUUUCAAUAGUACAACUUAGUAGCCAGUCCAAUGCCAGGUAAUUUUAAUGAUACUGACAAAAAGUAACACUGCUAUCAAUAGUUUGUCCACUAGGGGGCAUUAUGAUGUUAUUAUUUUUCUACUGUGUAUUGUGUAUUUUAUUUUAAGACAUAGGCUAUAUGUGUGACUUUAUAACUGUGCAUAAAACAGCAAUUAUAUGAGGCCAUAAAUAUAUAACCGUGUCCCAGUGGUUUUAGAGAAAACUGUAAUAUGACACUAAUUAUGUUUUAUGUAAAGAUCAGCUCAAAUACCGUUACAGUCAGUUCACUAUUACUGUAGCUUAAAGAAAACCUCAGUGAAUAAACACACUGGAGGAUGGGAUAAUGCCUGUAAAUCAAUUGUUGGUUGAACUGGAAAAGUUAACUUUACAUUUGAACAUAUGUAUUGAUUUCUAGUCAUGGCACCUCUGUUGUUGAAGAGUUUAUUUAAGAUGAAUUCUGAUGGAAACAACACAGUUUUAGACAUGAAUUGGCUGUUUUCUUUCAAUCACCACUGUUGUUAACCACCCCAAACAAAUAUGAUGAAGGAACUAUUUCCAACCACUUGGUGGAGCAAAGAUACACUGGGAUACCCAGACGACCCCCUGAGCUAUUUAUGUACCACUGUAGGUUCAGACUGACCCGUCUGCUCUCUUGUGUCUUGUGUUGUCGUCCUGCAGGUUCCUGAACCCCCUGGGGAUGUUCACAGCCAUGGUUGUGGUGUCGGCCAUCUUUAUGGGUUCAGUGUGGGCCGGGGAGAACAGAGCUGCGAUAAGCGACUUUAAGAGGCAGAAUCCAACGGCAUUUGUGAUUGCAGUCAUGGUGGCCAGCUACGUCGUAAUCUCAAUGCUGGGGAGUGUCAUGGUGUUCAUGUCUGCAAUCACUGUACCUCUGACUUGUAAGUCUGAAAUGAUGUUUGACAAAAGUCUGUAUGGUACUUCUGACUGCAAUGUUUUUGGAAAACAGUGAAUCAUGCAAGAAUUAAAGGGAUAUUCCGGCAUAAAAUUAAUUUACGUCAUAAACACCGUAACACCGAGUUAGACACCCCCCCUGAGAGCUGAAUGUUGCCGACCGCUUGCUUAUCUAGUCAUACCAACUUUAGGAAUGACCGCACGAUAGCAAUACACAGUGAUCUGAGGAGCCAUAAACAAACCUCUAGUAUAGUAGCUCUCUAGCCAUAGCACUAGCCACCAAACAUCUUUUUAACUUUGCUUGAUUUCUUUAGCAAAGAGACUAAACACAACUCACCUACUCACUAUCAGCAUCUAGGGCGAGUCCAUUAUGGACUGCAGCGGGGUGAAGCAGCUCAAGGAAGAACAUUUAUAAUCAUUACUUCAUCAUUUCCUUGAAGUAUUAAUCACCAUAUUAAUGAUUUUGCACUUUUGUUGCACAUUUUGUAGUUCCUCUGCCUUAGCGUCUCAGUCUGAUUGCAUUUCCAUGAAGAAAUGAUGGUGUUACGGUGUGUUUGACCCUAACUUAAUUUUACGCCGGAAUAUCCCUUUAAGAGAAGUGACAUUAAAUACAUUGAUCAGCACUUUUUAAGUGUUAUGAAAAUAACUUUGGCAACAAACUUCUUUCAAAAUCAGUCACAGAAGUCACCAAAAUGUGAGACUGAACAGUAACAGUCUCUCUCCCCUCUCUUUUCAGUGAUAUUUGCACACGCUUCAUUUCGCCUUCGCAACAUGAAAAACAAACUGGAGAACAAGAUCGAAGGAGCAGGACUGAAGAGGUCACCCAUGGGCAUUUUGUUGGAGGCCCUGGGUCAGCAAGAGGAGAGCAUUCAGAAGAUUCAGAAUUUUCUGGAGAGCAAGUUAAAGGAGUGAUUGGACAUGGGAACAAGUGCAGAUACGUGCAAACAGCAUUAAUCCUAAGAGUCUUCCAAAAAAAAGGGCUUAAUUUUUGAAUCUGUCACACCACACAGAACUUGUCAAGGUACUUUUUCUAAAACAGUGAAGAGGACUUUUCAGCCCCUCCUCACAGUCCCGCUAUGCAGUUUGUUUAUGUGCAAUACAGCUGCAGACUUCUUGCUUUAGUAUGAAAUCUGCCUCUAAUUCGUCUCAGAGACGACCUGAAAUCCAGCCGGUUUACUCUUGACCGAAAUUCUGAAGCAGAAUGAAGAGUAAGAAAUGCGUACUCAGUACACAUCACUGCCGAAUGAUUCUAAAGGUUUGAUUGUGUCAGGUUUGUGAAUAAUGUAUCAUCCCGUAAGUUUCUAUUUUUGGACUCCAGUAUGCAUUUAAAUGGAAACUAACGUACCUCAUGUUUGUGCAAAUAAAAAUAUAAAUGAACCAAAAAGGAGAGAAAGAGAGAGAAAGAGUGACGCCCUCCUUUGAGCUAUGAUGUUACUCUAAAAACUGUGUCAGCUCUAAAGGAUUGUGAGGUCUUAACCUGAGUCCAUCAAUAUUCCUUCAAACUUUAAAAUCCUCCCCUGGGAUAUGAAGUAAUUAUCUUUACUUGAACCUUCACUUAAGCCUCCCCUUGUAGGUGAGCAUUCAAGAGCAGCCUCUUCAGAGUGCAGCAGUUUCAGAGUUCAGACCCAUUUACUCUCUCAGACUCAGGUUGAUUUCCUUUAAGGGAACACAUAGUAUUAAGUUGAUAACUCCUCCUCACCAGCUCUGCACACAAAUAUAUCGUGUCUCGAGUUGCAAAGCUGUCACUCUCUGUGCUGCAAUAGUAAUUUAUGACUUUCCCAUGGUGCUUCAUCUUGAUCCAUAUUGUGCAACUUGGUGGAGUGAGCAGAGGCGCUGAUGGCGGUGAACUCAAGUAAAGUCAUGUCUCUCAGUGCACAGAGGAGGCUCUUGUUCCUGCAGCUGCUGCAAGGAUCCUACUGACACGUGUGCUGCUGCACAGCCAGCAGGUGUGUGUGUGUCUGUGUGUUGGGUGUUUUCUGUUUCAUAAGUGAGUUGUACAGGCCGUCAAACCAAAACAGUGAGAAAAAAGAUGCUGAGGCACUUAUAGACACAAACAACCAACACCUUUCACAUCUGUCAAACCUUUGAAUGAUUUUGGAGAAUAAACAACAAAGCCUUUUGUGUAUUCGGAAAAGCAGGUAGUAGCCAUUGUCUUUUCAUUUGGGUGGGGUGUCAGCAGCCUCGCCUUAUGACUGGCUGCAGCUGGUGCUGAGCAGUGAAAGAGCAAAGACUGAGGGAGACAGCUGGAUAUAAAGCGCCCCCUCUUACGCUGCAUCUGGCUGCAAGUCCCUGAGACCUCCCAUGAGCUUGCUCAACAAGCUGAGAGAAGCUGCUCAACUCUGACCAGUAUUACAAAGUAACUAGACAUGAAGUGAUAUUGGAUGUGUACUUGCUGAUGAGGAGGAAAGGCGUUGGUGAUAAGAGGAUGUGAGUCUGUAUAGAAGGAGAGUUGGAGAGUUGACGUUCCCUGGAGGGCAGAAGAACAGGUUACAGCGCUCAGUGGGUGUGACAGGUUUCAAAGACAGGUUUGGUCAGUUUAUGGCUUCAGGACACAGAAAACAAGACUAACAUAACAGCGAGGCUUUGAAAGACUACAACAGAGCUCUGCGGUAACUGCAGCAGCAGAGUAUCAUAAUACGGUAUUUACUAGUUCCCACUUAUCGUAACCUCUUUAAGUCUGGUGUUUAUUCCUACAAUCCCAAAGGACGGGGAAAAAACUGAUAACUCUGCACUUGACAGUUCACACUUCUGAAGGUGUCUCCUUAUAGUGAGGCCAAGAUGAGUGGUUUCCUCAAGUCUUUGUGUAGAAAUCCAUUUGUGUUCCAGGGACCACAGUCUGUGGCACUUGGGAAUAACCUGCUCUAAUAAAUGAGGCUUCUUGAUUUUUACUCUCAAAUUGA